AUGGAUAAUAAUAGAAGCCCACCCUUUUAUCUCUCCAACGAGAAUCCAGAUAGCCCACAAAAGAAACAUCUGUUCUCAAACAGAACAAACCUAUCGGAAACAUACCCAGGGAUGGAAAAUUAUUUAAAUGGAGAAAAUACAAAUACAUAUAUACUCGAAAGGUCAACCAAACUCUGGAAUCAUAUUAACACGAAACCAUAUUCAGCAAAGAAUCAUAUAACAAGAUAUUUGUCAAAAGAUAAGUUAGAAGGAGCAACAAUAGGAACAUAUAAAGAAUAUGUACAUAAGGUAGUUGGAGAACAUAAAUCAGAAAAUUUGGGCGGAGAUAAAGUUGAAACAAUCAGUGACAUUUUUUCAGAGACUGAAGAUAAUGUUUCAAUAUUAAGUAGAUUACAUAGCCUAACCCUUAAAAAAUCAACGUCAUUUUUGGAUCAAGUGAAGCCAAAUAAAUCAGUGCAAGAUGAAACAAACAAACUACUUGAACAGAAUGAUAAUUCUGAAAUCAAUUGCCCUGAUCAAGAACAGGUAGAAAAAAAAUAUGAGGAAGUUAAAGAUAAUGAUGUUUUAAAGCCAUUGUAUUCAGUAGAUAAUGCAGAAGAAAAACCUAAUUAUCAAGUAUCCACAGUAAAUAAUGUAAAGAUUGAAAUACAAAACGAAGCGAAUUCAGUAACGACAAGUGAUACAGUAAAGAUACAUUCGGAUAUAAUGUAUAGAAUAGAUGAUGCAAAUAAAGUAAAGAUUGGUGAAAAAAAUAAAGAUGUGGCAUCAGUUGGAGAUAUUAGUGUGAAUAUAGCACUGUCACCAACAGUAUCAGAAAAUAACCCGUUUGAUGUGCAAAACAUAGUUUCAACACAAGUUCCGAGUAAACAUGAAGUGUAUAGAGAUAGAAAACUGUUCAAUAGAUCAACAUACAUAGACAAUGAGGUACAAAAACAAUAUAACAGGAGUUACGCAUAUAGCACUAGGGUCACAAAUUUUCAUUCCUCAGAAAUGAUCAACUACUCGAAUUACAUCGAUUAUAACCCUUUCUCGAUAUUCUCAGUUAAGGAAAAUAGCGGGAAUGAGUUAGUAAAGGAGAGUGACCUUAAGAAACUCAGAACGGUGAUAUUAAGCAGUAGCCAUAGCGAAGAGACUCUAAUAAAGUACUUCACAGAGGCAAUAUGUAUAACAAAUACACACAUGAUGAGCCAGAUCAUCGAGUUCCUAGUAACCUUCCUUAGAGAAACACAUAAAAUUAGACAGUUUGUAGUUAGAUUGAUGCUAUGCGCACUGUCAUUUCACCCAGAAGAGUUUGUGAACCUGUUUAAAGCAGAUUACCUGAACGUACUGUUCACACCAGUGAUAGAUGACUCAAUAGGAGUGUAUUUUCUGAAGCUGCUGCUUUCAUACAAGUCAACAUUUGGGUCCAGGUCUGAAAUAUCAACAAACAUACCAUAUUCAAUAAAUUCUCAAGGCCUGUUGAUGUAUUCAAGUAACCAAGAACUAAUUAACACACCAAGAGAUACUUUUAUAUCGGGGAAAAUAGAAACUCUGUAUAUUCUGAAAAUCUUGCUGGAACGUUCAAAAGCGUCGACAGUAUACAGUAUCCCAAACAGUAUGCUGAGAGAACAGCUGUGCAUGCUCUGGUACGAUAUGCCUAAAACAAUACCAAACGUAAAUAUAAUAGAAGUGUUGCUGCACUGGAUAAACUCGAAGGAGGACUUGGAGACAAAAAAGUACCCGUUCUUGCUCUUGGAAAAAGUAAGAGAUCAGCACCCAUUCCCAAAUGGCCAGACGAUUAUAUUGUCCCAAUUCUUCAUGUUUGCCCUGAACCACAAAGCAAACGUGAACAAUCACUUGGAGUAUGUAAUUACUAUCGCAAGCAGUGACUCUAACCCUAAUGAAAGUGCUAAUGUGUCAAAAAACAACAGCAUCAGAAGAGAAAGCAUGAUUUCCUCAAAAAAUAGUUUUAUUAAGAAUAGUUCGAGGAAUAGUUUCGUAGGUUUAAUUAGAGACGAGAAUAUAUUGGAAACUGUGCUGUACAGGAUACUGUACAACUUCAACGAGAGAGAUUUGCUGGAUCUGUGGUGCCUAAUAUGCGUAAUACCGUGGAAAGUAACAAGCCCAAGCUCACCAUUUUCAAGAUUAUUCGUAUACACACUUAACACAAUACUUAAACUGACCUCUAUGAGUUAUGAUAACUACCCGUCUAUGAUAAAUGAAACAAAAAUCAGGCUUGAUAUAAUGGAAAAUUGUCUAAGAAUAUGUUUGGCAAGGUGUUCGUGCCCAAUAAACUCACUUAACUCACUCCUGCAAACGACAUUGCUCCUAAACCCAGAGUCGUAUCGCAAUGAAAGUAUACAAGGCAUAACUAAAGGACCGGGGGAAAAUAUAAUAAUCUCAACGUUGUAUAAAAAUGGAAUGAUUCUGAAUAGCCUGUGCAACUUCCUGUGGAAGUGCCACUUCCUGUGGACAAGAAUAAAGGAAGGAGUGAACAUGGAGGUAGUAAUAGUGGUGACUGAGCUGUACAAAAUACUGGGAAAUUUCACAAGCGUGAAGCCUCUGGAUGAUACUCACCUGUAUAACUCAGUGUCAAACACAAACAGCGGAGAGAUGUACAAGUUCUUCAACGACUCAGCAAAUAAGGGAAUUUGGACCAAAAUAACAACAUUCAUACCGCAAAUUAAUUUGGAACAAUAUUUUAAUACUCGAGAAUUGAAUGGAUCAGAACAAUAUUAUCAGGAUAUGGAAGAACAAGAACAAAAUUAUGAUACGUUCAACGAAACGGGUAGAGAUGAUUAUAUGGUAUAUAACGAGGAUGAACUAAUUGAUACGGGACAGGUGGUGGGAUUAAAAAACCUAGGAAAUAGCUGUUACCUGAACAGCCUGCUCCAGAGUCUGUGUCACACUAAGUUAGAAAAUAAUGAGAGCAACAAGAUGGUAAAUUCGUUGGUGAAGUUGUUUAGGAAGAUGAAGACUACGACAAAGAGGUCAGUGUCGCCUAAGAACGUGUUUAAAAUGAUGUCGGAAAAUUUGACAAACUCCCAGCAAGAUGUGACGGAAGCAAUAAGAUAUAUUUCACAAGCUAUUGACCCGAAUCUUGAGCUUUGGAAGUCAGUGUUUGCAGGACUGGUAGUAAGGAGAAUCAAGUGCUUGAGGUGUGAAUCGUCCUCAGAUAAUGAGGAAAUAAUAUACGAUUUCUCAUUAAGCCUAAACAAGGCAAGGUCCGUGCAGAAAAUGCUCGACAACUUCUCCAAAGUUGAGACACUUUCAGGAGAUAACAAAUACUUCUGCAUCAACUGUAAUAAGGAUGUUAAGGCACACAUGUGGAACAUAAUAGCUUCGCCCCCGUCACACCUUAUCAUCAUACUCAAUCGCAACAACUGGAGCUAUAACGAGACGCAGAAGGUUUUAAAAGCAGUCAAAAUAGACUCCCACCUCUUCAUUGAAGGAUUCCAGUACAGACUCUAUGGGUCUAUAAUACACUCGGGAGACUCAACUGAUUCAGGCCACUACUACUUUAUCGGAUGUGAUUCGGAAAUCUUCGAAAAUUGGAACAAAGUGGACGACUCUGUAGUGAAACCCGUUCAUGAAUUUGCCGUGGAUGACCUAUCCAGAGACCCCUCGAAUACACAUGUGCCCUACGUCUUAUUCUACAGGUGCUUACAGGCUCCACAAACACCCAAAUUUUAA